AUGGACAACUUCAAUUCAAUCGCUCUCGAGCGUUUGCUGAGUCCCUCGGCGCUGUUUGGCCUCACUGGUCUUUGGCUUGGUUAUCGUGUCGCGCUCGCACUUUACAACGUUUCCCCUCUCCACCCACUCUCCAAGUUUCCUGGCCCAAAAAUUGCCGCCGCUUCUUACGUGUAUGAGGCCUACUAUGACUGGAUCCUCAUGGGUCGGUAUGGCAGGAGGAUAGAGAAAAUGCAUGAGCAGUAUGGCGACGACCCGUUCUUUGCCGAUGAGAUCUACACGGGAAAGCCAGGCCGAAUCCGCGAUAAAUGGCAGCACCACCUCAAAAUAGCAGGCGCUGGCCCAGUCUCACAGGCAACUGGCACUGCUGGGCCGCACGAGCUACAUCGCAAGCGUAGGGCUGCCCAUGCACGUUUCUUCUCACGCGGACAGGUGCUCAAGCUCGAGGACGAAGUGUACAACUACGCCAAGCUCGCUAUUGAGAAAAUGCUCCGCUGGACCGGCAAGGAGGCCUUUGAAAUUAAAGGCGCCUUCAAUUGCUAUACCGCCGAUGUCUUCUCCCAGUACGCAUUUGGAGAGCCUAUGGGCUUCAUCGAGCAGGAGGGCUGGGAGCCCAACUUUGGAACUUGGACCUCGUCCUUCUUGACAACCACUUACAUGAUGCGCCACAAUGGGCUGGCCAGACGGCUGGCUGAUAUCCUCCCCAUGUUCGCGGACUAUAUGGGCGAGGAUGUCAAGAGGAUAAUGCACCAGAUGAAUCAUGUUAUCCCAGCGUACAUCAAGACUGCCCUGGCAAAUCCCGAUGGCGGCCGUGUAUUUAACGAGAUUCUGAACUCCAAUGUCCUGCCCGAGGAAGAGAAGAGCAUGUAUCGUCUCUCGGGUGAGGGGUUUGUCUUCCUUGUUGCUGGAACCGAAACCACUGCGGCUAUCCUUACUGUCAUGACGUUUCACCUACUUCAUCAACCCAAAGUCUACGCUCGUCUGAUGAAAGACCUGGAAGGCAUUGAUCCCAAUAAUCUCAAAUGGGCACAGCUCGAGCAGAGACCAUACCUCUGGGCCCUCGUUCAGGAGUCUCUGCGGCACCAGCCUGGGGCGGCCGCUCGAUCAGCCCGCAUUGCCCGUGAGGAGGAACUCUUCUAUAAGAGUCAAGAUGGCAAGACGCAAUUUGUGAUCCCCCGAGGCACACCUGUAAGCAUGACGGCCAUGAUCAACCACUGGGACACGCGGCUGUUUCCCGACCCCGACGCAUUCAACCCUGAGCGGUGGUUGUUGCCCGACGGCAAGCCUGAUUACACGCUGCAAAAAUUCCUCAUCUCGUUUUCGAAGGGAUCUAGGGUUUGCGUUGGCGAGAGUCUUGCGCUGUGCGAGAUCUAUAUCAUGGCCGCCCUGAUGGCGUUUCGAAUUAUCCCGAAAGCCGAACUUUUCGACACUACGAUUGAGGAUCUCACGUAUGACCAUGACCUGGUCGUGUUGCAGACGAAGAAAGGACACAUUUCGACUCGCAUCAAGAUCGCGUGAUUUACGGAAGACUAUCAAAACGCCAACUUGCCUUGCCCUAUCUAAGAGGGCUACAGCAAUCUCCUCCAGUAAGUUUAUGCAAACUAUGAACUCCCUGGCGACACUGUGUCCAUAUUGCC